UAUGACGGGUAGAAAUAUGGAACUUGAAUACAUAGUUAAAGAUUCGAAGAGGAAGUCAUCGUUCCAAAAAAGGAAAAAUGGUAUAAGUAAGAAGAUUAAUGAAAUAACCACUCUUUCUGGAGCGAAUGUGUGUGCUAUAAUCUACGAUGAAAACAAUCCUCGAGCAACGGUUUGUCCUUCAAAAGAAGAAGUCCAAAUGGUGUUGGACAAGUUUAGGAGUUUUCCAGAAUCAGAACAAAGGAAAUCGAUGGUGGAUCAUGAGGGCUAUGUGAGGCAAUCCAUAGAAAAAGCUCGUGAGAAGUUGAAGAAAGAAAAGGACAAAUCCAAGAAGAAGGAAAUGAAUAAUCAAAUUUAUCAUUUCAUUCAAACUGGUGAAAUCGAUGGAAAUGUGAGUGAGAGUGAUCUCGAAGAUCUGUCUUCGCUUAUUGUUACUAACAUAAAGGAAGUCGAUCAGAGGAUUGAAUGGAGUCAAGCCCAAGAGGAGACCGACAAUUGAGUUGAAUCUAUGACUACAAUAGACUAGCUAGUCCAAAUAUCUUAACCAAACGAAGUUUGAUCUAUCUAGUUCAUAUUAAUUU